AUGAGCUCACGUCCCAGUCCAUCGUUUCACAGACACCAGAUGGACAGCUUGAGUAAGAACAACUGGAACUACAGUGGAGGACUGAAUUGGACCAUUCUACUCCCUGAGUGCCUUACCAGUACAGGCCUUGAGGAAUACGUCGAAGCCAAUAUAGCCAAACCUUUUGGCAACGAGACAUUUGUCUGGCAUCUGCCGCUCAAGCCUCAAGAUGCAGAGAAGCUGAUACGCAUGUCUACGCGUAGCAAUGAGGGUAGAUUGACGGACGGGCCAAAUGCAUCUUCGCCAGAGUCGGCGAAUGAGACUGGUGGCUUGGGAAUGUACGCCGACACACACGAUUACUUCCGGGUACUUACAGACUUGUUGAAUGAUCAACCUGUGCUCUUGUCAAAGCCUACGGUCGAUUCGAUCUUCGCUCCGCAGUUUGCGCCUGGCAGUUCAGCUCUCCGUGACAUGCGAGCCUCAGGAAAGUUUGCCUACCAAUGCUCAGUCGACGACAGCAUGGAAGGAGUCAUUGCCGACUAA